GUGCGACGUGCGACCGAACCACUACGAUAAUUGGCUUCCCGUUGCUCCAACAUCUAGCAUAACCGGAGUUGGAAUAUCCUGGUGACUGGACCGGACCGGUGGCAGCUUCUAAUAAUUCCAAAAACCCGCCUCUCGUCAGCUAGAUAUCCAAAAUCGAAAUGCCUUCUUCAAACAAGCGAGCAAGAGACUAACUGUAGAUCCAUGGGGGCCAUGCCAAUGCCCGGCGUCAAUGAGGAUAUUUUGCGGGGCAGCAACAUGUUGGCGCGAAUGGGAAUGCGAGGUGAGCUGCCACCAAAGCCACAUCUUCCCAUCUAAACCCUGGAAACGUAGAAACCCAGACGAGAACUCGUAAUAAUGGCUUGAAGUUGGUGGGAAGAUGGAAAUGGGAGAUAUGGCAUUUAUAGCAAUGAUUGGGUUUUGGGACAUUGAGAAAGUUGUAUGUAGUUCCAAUCUACGCGGUACGGUAACUACCGUAAUUUUACCGGGUCCCCCGUUUCAUGCUCGUUUCACACCACAAAUCAUCACCCGCUGUCUCGUAUUUCCUGUAAUCAAAGUUCUUCUACCCUAUUCCGGCGCGCGAAUGAAGUGGACGCUCUGACGUCCUGAGGGCUUGAAACCUCAGCCUUCCAAGCCUCAACUUCCCGAUUGUUCACCUUCCUACAUCCGGGGCAAGUGAUAUUCGAGGGCGGCGCUGACGGCCCUAAUUUAUGCACAUGAUACGACAAUGCCUAUCCCGCCGUGGUGCAUAUUCCCGUUACCGUCUUGCUGCGCGAGGGGUUGAACUUGCGGAACCCUUCCACCACCAGAGCUCCAGGCCGCAAGGGAGGAGAAAUUGGUCGUCUUCGCCGCGAUGUUCUCUUGAUAUCCGGACAGAUACCCCGAGAAGCCGCUCAGAGUACGUUCCUUUGCGGAAACAAUUGAAGGAAGAGGCCAAAGCGAAACGCGCAGCCAAGCGGAAGGGCAGCGCACCCCCGGCAAAGCAUGACGAUUGGGAAUUGACUGUGGGCAUUGAAAUACAUGCGCAACUGGAUACGGAUGCGAAGCUGUUUUCAAGAGCCUCCGCGGCCAUUGAUGAUAUCCCAAACUCGAACGUAGCUCUCUUUGACAUUGCGCUUCCAGGGAGUCAGCCGCUGUUCCAACCCUCCACCUUGAUACCAGCCCUCCGCGCCGCCCUUGCCAUGAAUUGCGAUAUCCAACGAGUCAGUCGUUUCGAUAGAAAACAUUAUUUUUAUCAGGACCAGCCUGCAGGCUACCAAAUAACACAAUACUACGAACCAUAUGCGAAAAACGGCAGUAUCUGGUUGCAAGAGCACGAUGGAAUUGCUCGAGAAGAUGGGGAGGGUGUUCAAAUCGGCAUAAAACAAAUACAAAUGGAGCAGGAUACGGCGAAAUCACAGGAACUUCCGUCGUCCACGUACCUCCUCGACUUCAACCGUGUCUCACGCCCUCUAAUUGAGAUUAUCACCCUACCACAGAUCCACUCUCCUGCAACUGCCGCAGCUUGCGUGAGGAAAAUACAGGCGAUUCUUCAAUCAGUUGGAGCAGUGACAACGGGCAUGGAAAUGGGAGGGCUUAGGGCGGAUGUGAACGUAUCAGUAAGAAAGCGAAGUGAAGAGGCUGGCGACCAUGAAUACCAUGGGAUAGUGGGGCUCGGUCAGCGAACCGAAAUUAAAAACUUAAGCAGUUUUAAAGCCGUCGAAGAUGCCAUCAUCGCAGAAAGGGACCGCCAAAUUGCGGUACUUGAGGCAGGUGGCACCAUUGAGGGCGAGACACGAGGCUGGACACUUGGCAGCACCGAAACCCGGAAACUUCGUGGUAAGGAGGGGGAAGUGGACUAUCGUUAUAUGCCUGACCCGGAUCUGGGGCCAGUGGUAAUCGGAGAGGAUGUUAUUUGCGACCUCCAAAUGAAGAUGCCACUACUACCCGAUGCGCUCUUUCAGAUGCUUGUCCGAAAUCCAAAAUAUAAACUGUCCACUGCCGAUGCCAAGACAAUGAUUGAACUUGAUGACGGCCAGCGGCUAGAAUAUUACCAGGAUGUCGUUGACAUCCUCAUUGGCCUUCAAACUGACCUGUCUGCCGAUUUUUCGGGGGGCAAGGCGGUUGGCAAUUGGGUGCUCCAUGAACUUGGCGGCCUACUGACGAAGUCGAGCCUGCCGUGGGACUCCGGGCGGGUUCCCGCACAAAGCCUGGCGGAAAUUAUAGAUUUGCUCUCGCGAAAAGAGAUCACCAGCAGUUCGGCAAAAUCUCUUCUUGCGAUGGUAUUUGACGGGGACAAGCGAUCUGUUGCUCAGAUAGUGGAGGACGAAAACCUCCGCUUCCAGAGUCUUUCCCGGGGCGAAUACAUUGCGCUAGCGGAGGAAGUCAUGCGCCAGAACCCGAAGAUGGUCUCCGAAAUCCGCGAGAAGGGCCAACUGGGCAAGAUUGGUUGGUUUGUUGGCCAGAUCAAGCGAAUUGGAGACGCAAACAGAGUGGAAGCGCAAAAGGCGGAGGAGAUUUUGCGAGAGCUUAUUCUCAAGAAAAAUAGCUAACACCAUCUACAGGAUUGGAUGCGCUUUCCUCACAUAUAUGUAUGUAGAUCGAAAUGUAAUAAAUACCAUACUGUACAUUAGAAGAAGAACAACGGUGGUCGUAAUAUAUAAUAUCCCAUAUACCCCUACAUGUAUUCCGAAAACGUAUAUACUGAGCGGCAUUCCGCUGGU